AUGCAGCUCUACAGCAGCGUCUGCACCCACUACCCAGCCGGGGCACCGGGUCCCACGGCCGCAGGCCCCGCUGCGCCCGCUGCCGCCGCCCCCUUCAAGGUCUCCCUACAGUCCUCGGGGCCUGCCAGCACUGCGCCGGAGCCCGAGACCGGUGAGUGCCAGCCCGCCGCGGCCGCCGAGCCCAGGGAAGCCGCCGCCGCAGCCGCCGCCAAGAUGCCCGCCUUCUCCUCUUGCUUCGAGAUGGUGUCCGGGGCCGCAGCUCCCGCCUCGGCCGCCGCCGCCAGCCCGGCCGGCGCGUCCUGCAAGCCACCGCUGCCGCCGCACUACACGUCCACGGCGCAGAUCACCGUGCGGGCCCUCGGCGCCGACAGGCUCCUUCUGCAUGGGCCCGAGCCCGGCGCUGCGGCGCCCACCACCAGCCAGCGCGGCCGCUGCCUCCUGCUGGCUCCGACACCUGGAGCCCCGGUCCCGCCGCGGCGGGGCUCCUCCGCCUGGCUGCUGGAGGAGUUCCUGAGGCCCGACGGCCCCGAGCCUGCGGGCCUGGACGCGGCCCGAGAAGGGCCCGACAGAAACUUCCGACUGAGCGAACACCGCCAGGCCCUGGCCACCGUCAAGCACCGUGGCCCCAGCCCGUCCCCAGGGAGCCCGGAACCUAGCCCCGGCUCAUGGAGCGAGGAACACCCGGCCGAAGGGAGCACUCGGGGCUGGGAGAGGGGCGGCGACCUUGCCGGCGCGGAUGAGGCGCAGCGGCCAGGCCCGGAGGCCGCGGCGCCCUCAACGAGGAGUGGCGAGGCCGCCCCAAGCAGCGCGGCGGAGGCGGGGAUCGUCUCCAGGUCGGAUCCCAGAGAUGAGAAACUGGCCCUGUACCUGGCGGAGGUGGAGAAGCAGGACAAGUACCUGCGACAGAGGAAUAAGUACAGAUUUCACAUCAUUCCGGAUGGAAACUGUCUCUACCGAGCGGUCAGCAAGACCGUGUACGGAGACCAGAGCCUCCACAGAGAGCUAAGGGAACAGACGGUGCACUACAUCGCUGAUCAUCUAGACCAUUUUAGCCCCCUGAUCGAGGGAGACGUGGGGGAGUUUAUCAUCGCUGCUGCUCAAGACGGAGCGUGGGCCGGGUACCCUGAAUUGCUGGCGAUGGGGCAGAUGCUGAAUGUGAAUAUACAUUUAACUACAGGAGGGAGGUUAGAGAGCCCCACAGUGUCUACCAUGAUCCACUAUUUGGGCCCCGAGGAUUCCCUAAGGCCUAGUAUCUGGCUUAGUUGGCUCAGUAAUGGACACUAUGAUGCGGUAUUUGAUCACUCAUACCCUAACCCGGAGUAUGACAAUUGGUGCAAACAAACUCAAGUGCAAAGAAAACGUGAUGAAGAGCUUGCCAAAUCCAUGGCAAUAUCCUUAUCUAAAAUGUAUAUUGAACAAAAUGCAUGCUCUUGA